CCCCCUGUCAGUGUGUAGUACUUGGGAGUCACAGUGGGUGGGUGUGUGUCCCACAGUCAGAGUGAGUGUGUGUGUGUGGUACAGUUGUAGUGGUUGUGUAGAGACGUUGUGUUGGAUGGACGGACUCACUUCACUUCUACUUCUCCUCUGGUUUUCCGGACAACAAACCAGUGGAACCAGUGGAGCUUCUUCUUCUUCUUCGUCUCCUCCUCGGAACCAAGAUGGACACGGGUCGUCUCGUCGGGGACUAGAUCAACUUCUGGAUGUUUCUGGAAGUUUCUUCUUCGUGACCUCCGGCUGGAUGUAGCCGCUCUGGGUCCUCUCCGCCCGGGACAACACAUCCUAGAAUGAACACUCACCCCACGGAGCUUCCUUCCGUCAACUUUUCCCCAGUUUGAAAGAAAAACAACCAGUCUAUUCUCCCAGGGACCCGCCAUGUCGGGAGUGGUCCGCAGCCUGAGCCGCUGCCUGCUGCCGGCCGAGGCCACCCGGGAGCCGGGGGCCAGCAAGGAGCGGAGCCGGGAGCGGGACGCGGAGCGGGAGCGGGAGGCUCGGCGCCGGAGCCGGGAGAUCGACGCCAUGCUCGCCCGGGAGAGGAGGGCCGUGCGGCGGCUGGUGAAGAUCCUGCUCCUCGGGGCCGGGGAAAGCGGGAAGUCCACGUUCCUCAAGCAGAUGCGGAUCAUCAACGGGCAGGAGUUCGACCACAAAGCGCUGCUGGACUUCCGGGACACCAUCUAUGAGAACAUCCUGAAGGGAAUGCGCGUGCUGGUGGACGCCCGCGACAAGCUGGGCAUCGGCUGGCAGAGCUGCGAGAACGAGAAGCAAGGCAUGCUGGUGAUGUCGUGGGAGGGGCGUGUGGGUGCCUCGGGGGUGGAGCCCGGCGAGUUCCAGCUGUACGUGAUGGCACUGAGCGCGCUGUGGGCCGACGCCGGCAUCGAGGAGGCCUACACCCGGCGGGCCGAGUUCCAACUGAGUGAGUCGGUGAAAUACUUCCUGGAUAACUUGGACCGGAUUGGACAACCGACUUAUAGCCCAAGCAAGCAGGACAUUCUGUUUGCGAGGAAGGCGACUAAAGGAAUCGUCGAGCACGACUUUAUCAUCAAGAAGAUUCCUUUCAAGAUGGUGGACGUCGGAGGGCAGAGGUCUCAGAGGCAGAAGUGGUUUCAGUGUUUUGACGGGAUCACAUCCAUACUCUUCAUGGUUUCGUCCUCCGAGUACGACCAGGUCUUGAUGGAGGAUCGAAGGACAAACCGUCUGGUGGAGAGCAUGAACAUCUUCGAGACGAUCGUCAACAACAAGCUCUUCCUCAACGUGUCCAUCAUCCUCUUCCUGAACAAAACCGACCUGCUGGUGGAAAAGAUUCGCACAGUGGACAUCCGCAAGAACUUCCCUGAGUUCAGAGGAGACCAUCGCAGGCUAGAGGACGUUCAGGCGUUCCUGGUGCAGUCGUUCAGUCGUAAGAGGAGGAACCGGGGGAAGCCGCUGUUCCACCACUUCACGACGGCGGUGGACACGGAAAACAUUCGCUUUGUCUUCCACGCCGUCAAGGACACCAUCCUGCAGGAAAACCUCAAAGACAUCAUGCUGCAGUGACCUUCACGCUGCAGACGACGGCUCCUCUGACUGUGAACUGUGAAGGCAGACGUGAAUCAGGCCUGAGUCUGACACGCAUGAACCUGUGGAGUUGAACCUCGGUGAGGAUCCAACUGAACUCUGAACCUGUGGCUCUUGGCCGACGUCGGCCCCCUGUGGAGAAACUGUGAGGGUCCCAGAGACCCUUUGUGUAACCUGUACAAAUGUGUGUAUCGCUGGAAAGACAGUCACCUUCUCCCACUCGUAGCACUCAAGUGUUCUUAAUAUACAUGUUGAGAAAUGUAAAGAAAAGAAGAGAAAAGCCCCGACUACAUGACAUGAGCACUGAAAGUGGGUUUUUCUCUCGGAUGUAAAUAAUGACAAACCCUGUCACUAAACCGAGUCGGACCGAUGGAGCGACCGAGCCGUGGAAGCAACGAGCAGGAGUUCAUGAACGUAACUCGGAGGAGAGAAAGAACCUGAUGUACAUGUGACGGAGGGGAAGAGGGAUCAUAUGCUGCGUUAUCUGAUAAGGUUGCACACGUGUUCCGGUCAAUGAUCUUUAACCGAGGGGAAAGAAGCGAAUGUGUCUUGUGCUCUCGGUUCUCUCCUCCAUCUCCCCUCCGCUCCUCUCCUCUCUCCUCAUCCCACCAUCACACAAGAGAUGAACAGCUGCAGAUAACAAGUUGCAGCGCUCUUUUUUUUUCUCUUUCCUAUGCCUCUCCUCGUCUCUCUGGCACAAUGGUCAGAUUGUUCGUCUCCUCCCUCUCCAGCUGAAACAGUAGACGGUCAAAUUAGAGACUCGUCUUGGUUUAAAGAAACACACACACACACAGACACACGAAUUACGGUUAAUCUCUAUCCUGAUGUCUUUCUCCUGUUUCCCACCAUCAUCCCAUUAUAUAUGUACCACAACAGCCGAGACUUGACCCCUGGAAGAUCGUAAGCUUCCCGCUAUUACGGAAAAAAACAGCUUGUUCUGAGUCUUUUGUCGGGUAAACACAAAGUGAACAACAGAACACAACAGGAUUGAACUGUCCAUGACUUGAUCCCCAUGUUUCUGGCACAGUUUGGGGCUUUUGGAUUCUCUCCUGACUGUGACUUUCGGGGGUGAGGAGUCCACAGCGACCACAACCAGACUGAGUCACAAACACAUGGAAGUCGUCUCAUUUAUGCAGAUGAUGAUUCACAUCCAUUUCUGAUCGUUUCUGUAUCAGGAACACGUGAGUCAAAACGUGUGAGCUCCCCAAAAAGUGGUUACUCAUAUCUCAAGUUGAUUAUUCAAACUGAAAUAUCAAUAACUAUCAUUUUGAUCAUCAAUGAAUCAUAAGUCAUUACUCAGUAAACUUUUGUUGGCCCCAGCCUCUCAGGCAUUUAUUUAAAUUCGUCCCUUUUGGCUCUUUCACUGUUUUCCGACAUUUUAAAGCUGCACUAGCGAAUAUUAUAAUUUUAACGAUGACAAAAUAAGUUUCCAGCGUCAGAAGGCCCCUGAUUUAAAAAACUACCAAAAACUCACUGUACAAAACAAACUAGCGGGCAGACAGAGGGGAGGAGUCAGAGCCUGGUAUUUCCUUCAGGAGUUGGUGGAGACCCAAACAGAGGGAAAAGGAGAGCGAGAGUCGACUUAGAUCCGUCACAUGACCGAGAACACGACUGUACACGAACUGUUAGCAAGUUUAUCGACUUCAAAAGUUCAGCGACAAAAACUUUAAAAGCAAGUUAUCGAAAAGGAACCAGCAAAUUAACCACUAUUGAUAAUAAUCACUAUUUGCAGCCUUAGUUAUGCCUGUUGAAAAGUUAGCAUUCGCCGGUAAUGUAGCGAAAGUACUGUUGCUAUGGUUACUUGCAGUUUUUACCAACCUUGUGCACUGAUUUUUCCCGGUGGUUAAACUGUUGGUUGUUGCCAUGUUGGACCCCUCAGCCAAUCAGAAGCCAGUGUUUUUCAGACCAUGUUAAAUCAGCUUGAACCCGAAUCUUUGGGUCCUCGAAAAUAAGUUCCCGACUAAUACGGAGUGAUUUGGCAUUUUGGUACGCAACAGCCGAGUGUUAAAUCCAAACACCCCCGAGGGUAACGACUCCCGAGCACUUCCACGAGCCUUAUUCUCAUCAAACUGUAUCAAACUGUAUCAAACUGUGUCAUGUGUCUGUUUUGUGUGUUUGUGUGUGUGUUCACGGGGACUUGUGGCCCCGUCCGAGCACGUUUUCACUUCCUGUACAUAGUAUUCUGUGAGUAUUUGCCUGACACUGUGUGUUAACCUUACAAUACAAACACCACUCGGUCCAAACAGUGUCACUGUCACUGUAAAACGUUGCUGUAAAAAAACGUGUGUCGUUAACUAACCUACCUUUGUUCCACUCACGCGCAACUUUUUUUUUUGUUUUUUAUUGUAAGUGUCGUCAUUGCACUGGAUGUAUCCAAGAGAAUAAAGAAAGAAAGAAAGAAACGGACCGGAGAGCAAGAAGGAAAGAAAACAAGAAGGAGGCCGAGGAAACAAAUAAACAGACUUUGAAAGUGGAGCAGGAUGAA